AUGUGUAUAAUACUCCAUAGUUGUACGGCGAGAUUACCUCAAGCGCAAAAUCUUCAAAUUGAGCUAAAACAAGACCAAGUUCAGGCUUCCUUCAAAUCCAAUGAAAAAAAAAACUCGAUAUUUAUUAAAUUGGUCUCUGAGAAGCCAAUGCUUAUAAAUAGAAGAGUUGAAUCAUCAAAUCUUCUUCAUUCGAACAUGGGUGGAUUUUUGGCAAAGAAGACGAACUCUAAUUCCAAAAUCAGGAACAGCUUCACUUCGAAAUGCACUUCUCUGAUGAAACAACAACAUGCUCGUCUCUGUAUAAUUCGACUCUGCGCCACGAUGCUCCUCCGCUCGUACACAGAUCACGACGAUUACUAACAAAAUUACUUGGAAGAUUAAACUUAAUUGGGUAUUCAUAAUUUGUUUGGUCGAUCUCUGAUUCAUCUAGUGGAUCGGGUCUCUUUUGGGCCUUGAGGCCUCUUUACUUACUUAACGGGUUUUGGGUUUUUUAGCUACUACAGCGACUGGGUUUCUAUUAUCAAUGUUCCGCCGGAGAGGAAUCUCACGGCGUCAGUUAGUUCUUACAUUUUUCCGGCCGAUCCGGAUAUUUUUCUCUCUUUUUUUUCUUUCAGUGGUGUAGUAAUGAUGUCAUAAGAAGGUGUAAUCUUGUGUAACUCGAGCACUAAGCAAUGCUAUUUUUCGGUUUGGACCCAAAUGCUUUACCAUAUGAUAUUAAUCCAAUUAUUUGAAAAAAUCUGUCCGUCUGAAUCUCGCCGUCUCUAUUUCUUCUCUCAUCUCCAGAUACGAUGCCUCCAGUUUUUUUUAUCUUCGUUGUUUCCUUUUUGCAAUAUUUGCCAUCUGAUUCUAGUAGAAUAGUUUGGGUUCAAUUUCAGUGUGUCAUUGGACGUUUUUUUUAUU